AUGAAAAUUGAUAAUCUGAAAUCGUUGUAUCUCAGCAGAUUAUCCCUUGCAAACUACCAACAGCUCGCCAAAACACUCGUACGGUUUAGCGAUUCAUUGCUCACCAACAAGUUGCUGGAGAUGGUGUGUAUGGAUACGGACGGUGAUCGUGCCAAUGCGGUGCUUACGGUGAUAUUUGAGGAGAUAGGUGUAAACGCAGAGAUUGAUUGGCAGUUUUUGGGAAGCGUGCGCGUUUCUGAGUGUAAUUUCUUUUUGAUUAGGGAACGUGUUUUCGGGUGGAUGGAGGGUUUGACGGGGUAUUGCAGGGAUUGUGAGCGGUUUAAGGUUUAUGGAAGGGAAAAUGAACGGAAAUCUGAGGACGAGAUUAAUCGUGCCAUAGAACAGAAAAAAGAGACGGAUCACGAUUACCAGGUCGGCAUGCCUGGUCAGGUCAAGAACGAAACUCAAAUCAAGGGAGCAACCCAGGUCAAUAAAGCAACGAAUCGUUCACAGCCCGUCAAACCGGUCAUUAAUAUCAGCACAGAAAUCCUUUACUACAACAGAAUGUCCCAUAUAUCAAAGUACCCCCACCACCUGAUCAGUCCCUCCCAGUUUACACCCGUCCACACCCAAUUCAUAUCCACACACCCAACCAACUACCUGCUCCAUCAGUACCUCAUCAACACAUACACGUUAACCAUCAAGCCGUCAACCAUAGACCUGAAGGAUCUCCGCCAAUUUUACCUGCUGGCCGUUGUAAUCCAGGCCAGCCAUCCAAAAAACAUUAUGGACGUGCUAUUGGCGUGCGAAUGGUGCACACAACGCGACAUUCUCAUUCUUUUGUGUGUGAGUGGGUGUGCAUGGCGCGGUGCGCAACGCACAAUUGUGAAUGAGCUGUGUUUGAGUGCGUGUUCAGGCCUGAAGGCACCGGACGAGUGCGUGUAUGGUGAUGUGCGGGUGCAGCGAGUUGUAAAUCGGAGGAUCACGCGCGAGCAGAUGUGCUACUACGGAUUGAUGGACACGAAUUUGAUAUUUUGUUUGAGUGACUGUUCGUGUGCGCACCACUGUAUUGAGAAUGGAGUGGUUGAUGGCAGGACGUGCUUUGGGUGUAUGAAUGGUGGCGAGGGAGCAGAAAGCGAUGGGAUAAGCGGCAGCAUGUCUGGCAAAGGGUGCCUGAGGAAUGAAGUGUUGGACGAUAGCAGAGAGGAGCACCGUAAACAUACAGGGAUAGGGAAUGACCUGGACAAGCACAGCAAUCAUUAUGAGGAGCAGCAUGGGACCGAAGAGAAUGAUCGGCACAGCGACCGGUAUGCGGACCAAUGCAGCGAUCAAAACAGGAACCAACACAAAGAACGGCACAGCGACCGGUAUGCGGACCAAUGCAGCGAUCAAAACAGGAACCAACACAAAGAACGGCACAGCAAUCGUGCACCAAGCAGUACAAGGGAACAAAAGCGGACCAGCACUGCUUAUCGGUGCAAAUGGUGCAACAGACAAAUCCCGCAGUUCAAUUUUGUACGGAUGAACUGCAAAGACUGUGAUCUAACGUACACAAGAAUGCACGACCGAGGAAUAAAAUUCGGCCAGAUCAAAGACUUUACGGUGAUACAGAUCAUGGAAACGAGCGAAAUCGACAUCGUGGGAAGUAUAAAACGGUAUUUGAGGCGGUGUGUGGCCGGUCGAACGAUCGAUACAAUAAUUGAGAGUUGUGAUGGCGUUAAGAGCGGUAUAGCCGGAAAAACCGGCAUGACCGAUAGUACGACAAGAAAGGGCGGUAUCAGCGGUGCAAUGCAUGCGCACGAUUCUUUGUCAUUCAUAAGCACAGCCAUCAAGGCGGUAAUACACUACGGCAAGCUCACACGCAAAUCCUUAACGUACAUUUUGCUGUUCGUGCUCGAAAGUGCGCGGCUCGUGCUCACGGAUGAUGAAAUGCAUCGUAUCAAGGUGUGCACCUUCUACAGGGACAGCGUAAAGAGCGUGGUAGAGCAUCUGAAAGGGGAUCGAAUGAAGGUGCUGCUGCUGUGCUAUCUGAUGGGUGAGAGUAUCAAGGAGUGCUUGGUGUGUGUUGGGCACACAAUUUAUGAGUGCGGAGAAUGGGAGGAGAGGGAGUAUGAGGAGCUGUGCUGUAGUACGCUUGGUAGAGCGAAAUGUGGCACGAGAUAUGAUGAAAAAUUUGAUGCGGUAGUUAAACGGGGUAAGAAGUGCACUACGAGCGCAGAGCGCAUGCCCGCCCUAAAGCAGCUCAUCAACAGCCUCUUCACAAUCAAUGAACAGCGUUUGAUGCUACAAAAGGUGCACAGCACGGUGCUAGCGGAGCAAAGCAAAUCGAUCCACUUCGAUUUGGAGAGCCUGGUAAUACACGCCAUGAGAACCGGUGAAAAAUGGAUGAACGAUGAGAACGUAGUGCAGGUGAUACGUGGCAACAUUACACCCGUGCUGUACACUCUGAAGAGGUAUGGAGGGUCGCUGCACGAUCUCAUGAGCGUUUUAUCCGUGUUUGAGUGUUUGGAGAGCGUUUACUACGAGGUGUACGUUUUUGUGGAGUGGUUUAUGAUGAGGGAACACGAAAGGAUGCGGGAGAUUGUACGGCUUAGGCACCGGGGAGUGAUAAAUGCUGGGAUGAGGGGGACAGGUGCGGUGAUAAAGGGAACUGAUGGCGGGAUGAGCAAUAGCAGAAUGAAGAGCGAGGAGAUGUGUAAAACAGACGAUUCAAAUGAAAUGAACAAACUAAAUAGCAAAACAUGCAGUAACAAGGCAAUGAACAGCACAUACAUCGAUGCCCUGCUACUCUCGUUCUACGGCAUCCAUGCACACGAUCUAUCACGGUUCAUCCAUUCGUACACCGCCCGUCUCAAUGCCAAGGAGCACGCGCAGCUCGCAGUGUUCCUUUCAAAUGAGGAGAUGGAACAGAAUGGAUGGUGCGUAUUGGAACGAUUGCUGUGUGUGAAGGGGGAGUACACGGAGAUGAUAGCUGCGUACAGGGUUAGCAGAGAGUACGGGUGGUACGAUGAUGGCUGUGUAGGGCUGCUGUACAAGUAUGGGUACUAUGAGGUGAUUGGUAGGGUGGGGUAUUCUGGGGUGUUUAGGUGUGGCGAUGGGGAGGAUGAUUUGGUGGAUUGCAGGGAUGUGAUGGGGGGCAUGGGCGUGUUAGACUUUGAUGUGAUGAGGGGUAUGCGUAAUACGCAGUGCUGCGCCUUAUUUAACCCUCCUAUAAGCGGUGCUCAUCCCAAUACGCCAUACCGUACCGUCAACACAGCUAUCUGCCGCUCUACACCGGGGUACUUCCCGGAUUACUUCAAUUUCCAAAACAAACCACAGUUCAUAAAACUUCUGCUCGAGAACCUCCUCAUACAAAUCGUAGAACCGAUCGAAAUUUACUUUUACGCCAUUCAAACGCUCCUCAAACACAUCAAUCUGAGCCUGCUGCACGUAACAAAGCGUAGCGUGUUCAAAACGUACACCGCCACGAAAUACGAAUUAAAAGGAGACGGACACAACGAUGCGCUGAGCACGUUAGCACUGCAAAAGAACGAUGAAGUGCUGCGUGUUGGUGCGCUCUUUACAGACAGCACCAUACGGCGGUACUUCUCGUUGUAUUGUAUGAAAUUUUAUGGUAAGGUUGUUUUUGAUGUGAGCGAUGAUGAUUUGGUGAUGGCAGGCUAUUUUUAUGGGGGGAGUGUGCAUUGGAGAUGGGCGUUGAGCGCUGCUGUUAGGAGAAAGGCGUGGUGUGCCGUUGAAAAGAUUGUUGAGCGUGUUUUUGAGAGCUAUGGGUUGUGUGUUGGUAGGAAUGGUUUUGGUGGAGAUGGGGUGUUAGGUGAGGACUGCCUGGGCAGGGGUGAUGAAUUGGGCAACGAAAACGAGAAUACCAUCACCAGUGCUGAUGACCCAUCUACCGGUACAAACGAGUACACGGCGAACGAUCUCCUCGACCUGCUACAGCACGCAUAUUACGGUUCAAAGGACUUUCUUUCCCUGAGUGCGCUGAGCAGGGUAAAAUUUGAUGAAACCACGCUUUUACUUGCGUUUAAAACGCGGGGAUACGGCGAUGAGGAUGAAAGUGAUACGUUCAUAGACAUAGAGGAGGUGAAUGAGGGGAUGGAACGGUGGAAUGAUGACUACGUUGGUAGCGAUGAAUGCUGUGCUCAAUAUUUUGAUCAUAGAACUGCUUUUGAUGGCCGUACUGAUCAGAAGAAUUUUACGGGUGAUGACCCGGUAGCCUCGGUAGACGGCAACAAAUCGCACACCACUCGGACACACCCCAUCGAUUUAAACGGACUGAUGAGCGCGUACCAAACGGAUGGUAUAACGAACGAUAAUCUGACACGCAUUCAUUUUAUACACGAUCUGUACUGCGCAAGGAUGGGCAAUUACGGCACUAUCACACAAAAAAGACGGGCGAUGCUCGACAUGCACAAGAUGCUACGGCUGCACUGCGCAAUGGUGCGCAGCAGUGCGCAUGUUGAUGUUGUAUUUGAGGACGAGUUGCAGAUUGAUCGCAUUGAAUGGUGCUUUAGAAAGGGAUUGGCUGGUAAGAGCGAGAAAAUGCUUGUUGAGAUGAUGGUACGAGGUGAUUGGCGUGCGCUGUAUUAUUACGGAUGGAGGAGCGGUGAAAUGUUCUACUUUGAUAGGGCUGUUGACAAGCUGGCGAUGUAUGGCGGGGAGAAUAAAGUGGGAGGCGAAGGGGAGACGAACGAAAAAAUGAUGAGAAAUAGUGGCAGUGGUAGCAACGAUAGCACAGAAAAUGGUAGGAAAAUACCAGCGGAUAGCACGAGAGGUGCACAGAACGGGUUAAUCGAUGAUAGUGCAGAGGAUCAGUCCACACAUAAAAUACAAAACGAUCGGUCGGCACGCAGGAGCACAUCAAAAGACGUGCACGAUAAAUCGACCAGGUUCGGUUCCUUAAAAAAUACGGCGUACUACCGGUCAUCAUGCUCACAUUUCUACAGGCAAUCGGUGAUUGCUCGCACCUUGAAACGUAACACCUUGGAAGCAUUCGAAGAUGCGAUAGAACGGCUGGGAAGAAACGAGAAAGUGCUGUUUUACAAGGCAAAGUUGAUGGAAGGUAUCGAUAGACAAACGAGCUAUGCAUUGUAUCUGGAGAGCAUGCGGUAUGGUGAGCGUUAUUUUGAGGAGGCCUUUCCACGGGCACUGCAUCUGUUCACUGAGCAUGGCUGUGGAGAGAAGAUGUGCGAUGGUGUGGAUGGCACCAAAAGUACGCGUGAGAAUGGCGUAGGUGAGAACACGUGUGGAAGGGAAAGCGUGAGUAAGGAUGGAAAGACAAGAACGGUAAAAAAUAAGGAUAGUACCGCCGUGCAUCACAAAAAUACCGCUAUAAGAACACCAAACAUAUCACAAAUACACCAAUACGUACGUACAGACAGCAUUCUACGCUUCUACCUCUCCAUAAUUUCAAAAAUAUCGCACCCAAACGAACGCAUCUCAUCAACACUUACACACCUCGUGCACCCCCUCGUGAAACACAGCCCAUGGCUGUGCGUGUGGCAAAGCCUGUCAUUCCUUAACAAUAAAAAAGCAGAAAUUAAGGGAAGAAUGAUGAACGUGUUAGAGUGUGCUACGGACGUAUUGUGGGUGUUGAACGAGUAUGUGAUGGUGUUGGAGCGGAUAGGAUGCGAUAAGAGGGCGAGCAUUGGUGUUGGGGACUAUGAAGAGAUAAAGCGGUUUAUGGUGCCUGUACCGGUUAGUAAUGAGUUGCGUGAUGAAAAUGGAGUGGGGUAUGGAAAUGGAGUGGGGCAUGGAAAUGGAGUGGGGCGCACGGGUGACAAGCAGGGAAGUGGUAACGGUGAGCACAGCAGUGGCACUAAAACGAAUUUAGGACCUGAUGAUGAGAUGAUCGCUGAUCACGGGAAAGUGCGAAAUACCCGAGGAUAUAAAAGGAGAAGUGAAGGAACAAAUAUCGGUAACGGGCAGGCAGAGAUGAAUUUAGACAAACAAGCGAGCACGCGUGGAGGGCAAGUGAUAAGAGGAGGUAUCACGCUGGCAACGAUUACAUCGUACGAUGAGAGAAUCGUGGUGUUCAAAUCACUGCAAUCACCGAAGAAGAUCGCAUUCGUGGACGAGAACGGAAGAAGACGGUCGUUCCUUGUCAAGGCAAACGAUGAUUUGAGGAAGGACCAGAGAGUGAUAGAACUGUUUGAUCUGCUCAUAAAAUGCGAUCUAAAGAUAAGAAAGUACGUGGUGGUGCCGUUCUCCUCAAAGCUGGGAAUAAUCGAGUGGAUAGACGGCCUCAUAUCGCUCAAGAACAUCUGCCUGGCGAACGAGAACAAGGAAAUCGUGUCGCACAUCUUCAAAAAAUACAAGAAGAAACUUGGAAAGGACUUUCCUGUGUUUAACCGCAAGACUAAGAGCGUGCUGAGCACAUGGUACAACGAUACGUACAAGGACCCGAUCAAGUGGCACAUCGCAAGGCACAACUACACCAAGACGCUUGCAAUUAUGUGUGCCUUUGGGUAUUUCAUCGGUCUGGGCGAUCGCCACUGUGAAAACAUCCUGAUAGACACAAAAACGGGCGAUGUGGUGCAUGUCGACCUCAAUUUGCUGUUUGACCGUGCCAAAAAGCUGAGCGUGCCCGAGCGAGUACCCUUCCGUCUCACAAAGAAUGUGCGCGAGUGUCUGGGCGUGCUGCGUGAAACGGGCAAGUUCAGGUACUACGUGCAAAGCACGGUACGCACGAUUGUCAGGUUCAGGGAUGUGAUUGAAGCGAACUUGCUGGCAUUUGUUUAUGAUCCGAUAGCAGAGAUAAAACGGCCCGGAGAUAUGAUAAGCACGCUGUUUCGGAAGAUGGACGGGGAGGACAUCGUUGAUCGGUUGAUAGCGGAAGCUGUUGACGAUGGCAAUUUGGGUGAAAUGUACGUUGGGUGGAUGCCCUUCAUAUAAUUUGCUGGCAAGCAGGCAGCAAAUGACAGGCGCGGAUCGGUGGUGCAAAUGUACGUUGGGUGGAUGCCCU